GCCAUGAAAAAAAUAAUCAGCUCAUACAAAUCCAACUACUACAACUCUUUCCUAGCCUGAGAAUUGAGCUCCUCCGCCGGAAAUAAAAAUGGCCACCGUAACCACUCAAGCUUCCGCAGCUGUUUUCCGGCCAUGCGAGUCAAAAUCAAGAUUCCUUGGCGGAUCUUCUAGUAGACUCAACAGAGAAGUAGCUUUUAAAUCAAUGUCGUCAACUUCUAACUCUUUCAAAGUUGAAGCCAAGAAAGGCGAGUGGUUGCCUGGUUUGCCAUCUCCGGCGUACCUCACCGGAAGUCUUCCAGGUGAUAAUGGAUUUGACCCGCUUGCUCUAGCGGAGGACCCUGAGAAUCUGAAGUGGUUUGUCCAGGCAGAGCUUGUGAACGGAAGGUGGGCCAUGUUGGGAGUCGCCGGAAUGUUGUUGCCGGAAGUUUUUACAAAGAUCGGGAUUAUCAAUGCUCCGUAUUGGUUUGACGCCGGAAAAGAACAGUACUUUGCAUCAUCAUCAACUUUGUUUGUGAUUGAGUUCAUAUUGUUCCAUUAUGUGGAGAUCAGAAGAUGGCAAGACAUCAAGAACCCCGGAAGUGUAAACCAAGAUCCUAUCUUCAAGCAAUACAGCUUGCCUCCAAAUGAAGUUGGUUACCCUGGGGGCAUUUUUAACCCCCUCAACUUUGCACCAACUCCUGAAGCCAAGGAAAAGGAGCUCGCCAAUGGGAGAUUGGCUAUGUUGGCAUUCCUAGGGUUUGUGAUUCAACACAACGUGACCGGAAAAGGACCCUUCGACAACCUCUUGCAGCACCUGUCUGACCCAUGGCACAACACCAUUAUCCAGACAUUCAGUGGUAACUAAAGCUCAGUGAAAUAGGAGAAUAUGUGGCUAUGUUUCAUGCUUUUGUAAACCAUGAAUUAUAUGGGUUUUGAGUGAGGUUUGAGCAUCUAUGUAUUACAAGGAACCUUUCAUGUACAGAGGAACAAGAUGGCAUUUAUAUUAUCAUUCACUUUUAUUA